CCUCGACCCUUCGUCUUGCUCUUCUCGCCUUUGUCUUGCCCACCUUGGCCGCUAUGGCCUCGCCUCGUCAUCGAGACUACGCUUUGCAGCCUCUACUUCACCCUGCCAUUCCGCAACAUCAUCAGCAGCACAGUCAGCCCAACUCACCAGCAGCAAUCGCUCUUUCCCUCCGUUGCGCAGAAGGACAUGCUCGUAAUCUCUAUGCCGGGACAUCAGAUGGAGUCAUUCACCACUAUCGUCUCACCGACGAGGGGUCGUCAACAGAGCCUGAUCAGUUUCAGCUGGUAGGCUCCAAGACCAUCUCGUCGUCGGGUAAGCCAAUUGAGAAAAUUCUCAUUCUCCAUCGCAUCGGACUGGCCGCUGUUCUCUGCGAAUCAAGUCUCUCCUUCCUCCAUCUUCCCAACCUCGACCCUUUGCCCCCUCGGCUACUUCCAAUCACUCGUGGUGUCAGUACCGUAGUCCUCGAUGACGCAGAAACUGAUGGCGUCGACGCCGAAGGAUUCGUCAGCCUGUGCAUCAUCAAGCGCCGCCAAGCUGUCCUAGCCAAGGUGGGCAUGGGCCGCUUCAUCACAAUCAAGGAGGUCCCUCUACCAUCCGGAGUUGUCCUCGCUAGGCGCAAUGGCGACGUCCUAUGUACAGCUAGCACAAGCGAGUACAGCCUCGUGAAUCUGACCUCGUCACAAGUCAUGCCUCUCGGCCUCCCAAUCAGCCACUCGACAGAAUCUCCUUCAGCAUCGACUCGACCCUCCAUCCUCUCCCUUUCUGCCCCUUCACUCAACGCUCCAGCCGAAUGCGAAUUCCUCAUCACCAGCCACUCGGAGGAUCAAUCCCUCGGCGUCUUUGUAAAGUCAGACGGCGAACCAUCGCCAAAGCUCAUCGAAUGGCAGAGCCACCCACGCGCCCUCUACAUUGACGAUGCCCAAGGUCAACUCAUCUCACUGUUGCGCAACGAUGCCAUCGAGGUGCACGACCUAGAAAGCAUGCAGUGCGUGCAGACGAUACAGCUGCCAGACGCUCUCGAGCCCAGACUGCUCUCCUCGGGUGCUUCGACUCUUGAUAUUGCUGAGCCUCACACAGAGGUGCAGGCCAAGCCAACCCUCAUCGAUGCUGCUGAUACAGGAUCGACUCCUGCAGACUUUCCUGCAGCUCUUCGUCAUCCUUCAUGGCGCUCAGCUAUCCUCUCUUCCUCUCGGCGUACCGCCACCGUCAUCAUGUCGUGCAGAAAUGCCGUACAAUGCUUGACAGAACCUGUUGAGCUGGGCGAGGCUCUGCGCUUUCUGGCUCGAGGACAGUGGUCUGCUCUGCACCGCUUGGCCGACGAGGUGUGGGACAAGACGGGCAGCGUGGACAGCAUGGUACUCAAAGCCCUCUACAGCCUCCUCACAAUGCGCUACAUCUCCAUGCUCGACUUCUAUGCUGCUCAGCAGACCUUUCGUCGCUCUUCGCUGGACGUGCGCCUGCUGUUGCGCCUCUUCCCUGACCUCUGGGACGCUGGUCAGGCGAGCGAAUCGAUCCCCAUCUUUCCAGCCCUCGCUCAAUUGGCAACGGCACCGAGGCAGCCCAUUGAGGAGGCAAUCGACGCCAAUAUCGCCUGGUUGUACGGUCCGCACCUCGAUGCUUACACAGACAAGCACCUGCGAACAUUGCGACAACGGCUCCUCGCUCGAGCCUACGCGAUGAUCGAGAGCGCCCUCUCUUCCGUUGCGAACACGUCGGGCUCAGACUCAAUGCGCUGCAUGACAGACACGGCCCUUGCUAAGCUCUACAUUCGACAGGGCGACGGACAACGACUCUGUGAAAUCCUACUCAAGCCGGAAAGUGCCGCCGAUGUUGACGCCAUUCUCGCGAGUAAUGAGAAUGUCGAGCAGCUGGAUGGGGUUGCUGCCGCCCUGGGGGAGCUCUACUUCAGCAGGCAACAGUGGGGCAAGGCAGUCGAGGUAUGGGCAAAGCUUGUCGAGGAGCAGCCCCAGCAGCAAAGCAGUCUCCGCGGUAUACCGGACAUCGUCGAUGCACUACAGCGCUGCGACGAGGCAACGCAGCACCAUUACGCUCUUUGGCUGGUUAGAUUCGAUUCACAAGCUGCCGUCAAGCUCCUAGCGGGGCUUGGAGGGCGAAAGGUCGCUGCUCGAGGCCGAGGCCGAGCCGGCAGUGAGACUGACGAUAGCGCCGUACCUGCUGGUCCGCGUAGCCGCCCUGAGGAUGUGAGCAAGAUCAUCGCCGAGCUGCAUGCUGCUGGAGCGCACGACGCUGCGGACCGCUUUGUGGAGCACAUGGUGGUGCACGCCGCGCCAAGUGGUGACGCGGAGGCAGAAAGGGACGUUGCGUCGCAUCGCGCAGCCCUCGUUGACUCGUUGCUCAGCCGAAUCCUCUCGGCAUUGAAGGGGCAUGGAGAAGCUAAUCGCUUCUACGCCUCGGCCAUGAGCGACUAUCGGGAGGGAGGCUACGCUGAGUCUUUUGCCGCACACUUGGCUUUACGCAGACAAGAGGCGCCUCCUCAGGCUCUCUUGCUAGAGAGAUUUAAACUCAUGUUCCUCCUUCAGGCGGAUAUGGCUUCAGCGACGCCAGAAGCCUCUGAAAGGGCUAGCUUUCUCCUCGAGAGGAUCUCAGCUGUCGAAGGCGACCUUCUGGCCUUUGAGCGUACAGUCGUCCUCGGUGGGCUUGGCAGGCAUCGCGAGGCGCUACGUACGCUAGCCAUGGUGCUGCGUGAUGCGAAUUCUGCAGAGGCCUACUGCAUCCAGGCAGGUACUUUGGUCAUGGGGCCGUGGGCGGCCGAUUGCGUCGCGGAUGCAUGGGACGGCGCUGCGGGGCAAACAGGGAGCCAAGCUGAAGAGGCGGUCCUCAAACCGUACGCUCAAAUGCUGCAUCGCGCCAUCGAGACUGCAAAUACGAGGAAAGCGAGGAAGGCCGGGCGCGCCUGGGGCGACGCGAGAGAUGAGCUGCUGCGCACACUCCUUUCCCUCUACCUUGACGAUGGCGACGACAACGAUGCGGACGAGGUUGGUAAAGCCGCGGUCGCAGCGCCCACCUACCGCCAGCAUGCCGUAUCGCAUCUUUCUUCGUCCCACGCGACUGGCUCACUCGACGCCUUGUCCGUCGUCUUACCACUGGUUCCUCCACAUUGGCCUCUACGAUGCCUGUCCACGUCUCUGAUGCGGAGCCUGCGCCGACGAGGUACGGCGAGAUGUCGCGGUUCAGUAGAGCGCAGCUUGGCUUUGGCGGAUAGUCUCGAAAAGAGUGAGCGGACGUGGGGGGUGCUGCGUAGUAUGGGAGGCGUGAUCCAAGAGGACGAGGGCGAUGGGAAUGGGAUCGGGGGUGGGGAUGGUCAGGAUGGGGCAGCUCAACAAGUGUCAAUCGACACGCAUAGCGAGCACAAGGAGAAGACUGUCCCGGCGAAAGAGGCAGCACGGAUGCCACAAGGCCAGGUCGAUGGCAGCGGGGGCACGCCAGAGAAGAGGCGUACAGCCUUCGACAGACUAGACGGGGAUGCGGACUCGCUACGUUGGUGAGCAUGCUGAGAAGGAGAUGACCAUUUACAAUGAAAUGCUAUGAUACCAGUGGUCAGUUGCAUCC